CAUUAUCGUAAUAUAGAUGUCGUCGUAUAUCUGACGCGUUCUUGCCCCGGUCCGAGUCCCGAAUUCCAUUCCUUAAUGGUUCUCUUAACGCAGAAGAAGCUACCAAAUCAAACACGCACUGUCUUAUUAGGGUUUCUAAUCCCUAAACCUUGAUCCAAUUUAACCAGAAACUAGCACACAUCUUUCUAGACAAGAGAGGGGAACUCCGCACGCCGACAAAAAGAGAGGUCUUCACUAGCUUUUCAUGAUCGGAUUCGAUUCUAACAUCCAGUUCGUUAAACUUCCAGCAAAAGAGAAUUUUUCGGAGUUUUAGAUUGCAUCUAUUGUUAUAUUGCUUUAAUCGAUGGAUUUAGACGCUCAGGGAGGCAACAGUCGCGUGUUCCAUAGACUCGGCGCUCAGCCAGCGAACGACGCCAGGCAGCAAAAGGUCUGCCACCAUUGGCGGGCAGGCAGGUGCAGCCGCUACCCAUGCCCAUAUCUUCACAGAGAAUUGCCGCCCCCACCGCCUGCCGGUUCUAACGGCAAUGCUUCUAAGCGUGGAUUUUCUAAUGAUUCGGGAUUUUCCGGGCCAUCUGGGACACGGAGAAGUGGCAAUUUUAGUAACGCGUCGUCUUGGGGACGAGUUGGGAAUAAUACGAUUUUAAGGAAGACUGAGAAAGUGUGUAAUUAUUGGGUUCAAGGUAAAUGUAGUUUUGGUGACAAGUGCAGGUUCUUGCAUUCGUGGAGUUUGGGUGAGAGUUUUUCGUUAUUGACGCAGCUUGACGGUCACCAGAAGGUAGUAACUGGAAUUGCUUUGCCAUCUGGGUCAGAUAAGCUUUACACGGGGAGUAAUGAUGAAACCGUAAGGGUUUGGGAUUGCCAUUCUGGCCAGUGUAUGGGCGUGAUUCAGCUUGGAGGGGAGGUUGGUUGCAUGAUCAAUGAAGAUCCUUGGAUUUUUGUUGGUGUACCAAAUGUUGUUAAGGCAUGGAAUACACAAACUAACAUUGAUCUAAGCCUUACUGGACCUGCUGGACAAGUUUAUGCUCUGGUUGUGGGUAAUGACUUGCUCUUUGCUGGUACGCAGGAUGGGGCGAUAUUAGCAUGGAAAUUUAAUGCAGUUACUUUUAACUUUGAACCUGCUGCGUCACUUACAGGUCACACCGUUGCAGUUGUUUCACUAGUUGUUGGAGCUAAUAGACUCUAUUCUGGUUCAAUGGAUCAUUCUAUAAGGGUCUGGAACCUUGAAACUUUGCAGUGCGUACAAACGCUAACUGAGCAUUCUUCAGUUGUUAUGUCUGUUCUUUGUUGGGAUCGGUUUCUUUUGUCAUGUUCAUUGGACCAAACAAUAAAGGUGUGGGCUGCUACAGAAAGUGGGAACUUGGAAGUAACAUACACUCACAAAGAAGAGCAUGGCCUGCUUACCCUCUGUGGGAUGCUUGAUUUCGAAGGCAAGCCAGUCCUGCUGUGCUCUUGUAAUGAUAAUUCAGUCCGCCUAUUAGAUUUACCAUCGUUUUCAGAAAGGGGUAAAAUCUAUGCUAAACAGGAGAUUCGUGCCAUUCAGACUGGUCCUGGGGGCUUGUUUUUCACUGGUGACGGAACUGGUCAAGUGAGAGUGUGGAAGUGUGUAGAUGAACCAGCUACCACCGCCUGAUGACCAUUUUAAGUGUCAUCUGUGGAUUUUCCGUUCUUUGGUUAUUCAAAUUUAUUCUUUUCUCAGGAUCUCUUGUGACGUAAUUCUGAGGAAAGGAGUAACAAGCAGAAAAAUGCGAGUCUUGCUUUCCUAGAGUCAGCUUGUGCCUUGGUAAUUAUUAUGGAAGAAGAGUUUGAUGGCUCAUUUCGAAGUUUGUAACAGUGGAGACAGCUCUCCAGUCUUCACCGAACUAAACUUGUAUUCAUAUCAUUUACUGCACUCGAUCAAUAUAUGUUCGUUAUGUUAAUGUACUCAUUCCUGGCCUUUACGUGCAUUAUGUCAGUAUGAAUAUGGGAUUUGAUGUUGUUGCUCCUAUUUCAGCCUCCAGUGUAGCCCACCAAUGAAUAAAAUUUUCAAUUAUCAGCU